GCUUGAACAGGCACCACAUGUGUCCUGUGGCUAGCAUACGGCCUGAAGAGGAGCGACGGAAAGGCUGCUGUAACGGGAGCCCUUUCCACUUCUGUGAGCCGCCAGCAGUCCCCAAGCGCCUGCCUGCCGGAGCCUGAAGACGAACAACAGGUCAGCACAGGAAGAGGAUCCAGAAGUUUCCUCUCUUGAAGAGCCCUGUUGCUGACAGAAGCUCAGAACAACGAAGGGCCCAGGGACUGGCAGCCAUCCAAAGGUUGCAAGCCAUGGGGAGCCCGCCCGAGCCCCUGCCGCAGCUGUGCCGGGGCUACAUCUACGCCAUCCACGGCUUCUUCUUGGAGAAGAUCUUUGCAGCCAUGGUGGGCGAAGACAGCCCUUUCGAGCGUGCCGGCAGCCUGGGCUCCUUCCUGGCCUACGGCUUCUGCGGCCUGACCUUGGAGCGCAUCUACCUGGCUCUGCGCAAUGACUGCUGCCUCCUGACCCGCUGCCUCCUCUACAUCCUGUGCAUCUACUCAUGGGAGCUCGGCACGGGCGGCCUCCUGUCCUGCUUUGGAGCCUGUCCCUGGGACUACGGCGAGUACAGCUACAACCUGAUGGGCCUGAUCGCCUUGGAGUAUUUCCUCUUCUGGUUCGUGGGCUCCCUUCUGCUGGAGAAACUGGUCAUCUGCAACACGCUGCGGAUCCUGCUGGCCGAGCCCUGGAAAGCCGAGAAGAAACCUAUGCCCAGAUUUGAACUGAAAGACGACUGAUCUUGGUUGGGCCGGGAGGGGGAGGGGAGAGGGGUGUCAGUUGGAGUUGGAGAUCAGCUGCGUCCUUCUCUCAAACCCAGCUUCCUUUUUAACAAAACACCCUCCCUGGGAGGGUUUCCUUUCUUUGCAAUCCCUCUGGUCCCUUUCUCCCUCUUCUGGAAAGCACAAGAGGAAGGAACAACCAGGAACAUCUUCCUGCCUCUAUGAGCCAACCUGGGGGAACCGCCAGAGAUCUGAACUUGGUUGAGGGUCACAGACAAGUCCCACCUUCCAUAUUCUCCUCGUUUGGGUCCUCUCCACGAGCUGCACAUGAAAACUGCUAAAUAGUUCAGUGGUAAUUUUAAAAAACUUCCCAAGGGGAAAGGACCAUCACCCCCCUGCUCUUCCAUCCCUGGAUUUGCCACAGAGCAAGAUCCUAAAAACAAGGCAGAGGUCUGAUUGAAGGCUGAGAACUCCAUUCUUUUCAGGGUUCCUUCCCAACAAACUGACUUGUAGCAACUCCGUUUAUUUUGAAUAAAAUAUUAUUAAUAAAUUAUUUGUUUUUAA